GUUUGCGUUCCCGAUCGGUUCAUCGGCCCCCGCCGCGCCCCGGACCCCGGUCCGGCCUUGCUAAGCAACACGUCCACGGCGUGCCGGCGCCGCGCUCCUACGUGUGGUGUGGGAGCAGGAACAGUAGGACCGACAAGGAUCGAGGUCCCGUCGAUUCGUGAUCACCGCGGCGUGGUGCAUGCAUGAGCAGGAAGAGGAGAGAAGGCGGCGGAGGAGGAAAAGGCGGUGGGGGAGGAGGAGGGGAUCAUCAGCAGAAGCAGCAGCACAAGGGAAGCGGCGGCCCGGCGGCGGCGGUGACGGAUGCGCUGUCCAUGGACGGCGGCCUCCGCGAGGUGUCGGUCUCGGUCGUCUUCUCCGUCUGGUGCAUCCUCUUCCUCCUCCGCUCCCAGUUCCUGCACAGCCAGACCGACCCUUCAGAUUUCGACGGCGAGCACGGAAAGCGCGACAACCACUGCAAGGUGAUGCCGCUGGAGGCUUACAUUUUCCCCGCCGAUAACGUCUCCUCCCCAACCUGCCAAUCCUCCUCCUCGCCGCACCACCACCAGGAAGUACCACCGUCCAACGCCACCGGCAGCAACUCGUCGUCAGAGGCAGCCUUCGUCGAGCUCGACGAGUUCCGCAUCCUAGAAGGCAAGGCCGACAAUGACACCGCUCGGCACCACCAACGCGUCGCCGUCAGCGGCGGCGCUAGCGUCACGCACCGGCUCGAGCCCAGCGGUGCCGAGUACAACUACGCGGCGGCCUCCAAGGGCGCCAAGGUGCUGGCCCACAACAAGGAGGCCAAGGGCGCCGCUAACAUCCUGGUCGGCGACAAGGACCGGUACCUCCGCAACCCGUGCUCGGCCAAUAACAAGUUCGUGGUGGUGGAGCUCUCGGAGGAGACGCUCGUCCACACCAUCGCGCUCGCCAACCUGGAGCACUACUCCUCCAACUUUAAGGACCUGGAGCUCUACGGCAGCCUCAGCUACCCGGCGGAGUCGUGGGAGCUGCUGGGCCGCUUCGCCGCCGAGAACGCCAAGCAUGCACAGCGGUUCGUGCUGCCGGAGCCCCGGUGGACGCGCUACCUCCGCCUGCGCCUCGUCAGCCACUACGGCUCCGGGUUCUACUGCAUCCUCAGCUACUUCCAGGUGUACGGCGUCGACGCCGUGGAGCAGAUGCUGCAGGACUUCAUCGCCAAUCAUAGUUCCGAGGGUGUGGACGCUCCGAACGCCGACGCCCGUAAGGACAACAACGGCCGCAACGACACCGCCGUGGGCACCCCGGUGGACGCCAAGGUGGACAGCGGCACCAGGCGGAACGACAGCACCAGCACCGACGUCGUCAAGAACAAUGCGUCCAAGGGAGGCGGCGCUGUCGACACAAAGCCACCGCCGCAGGGCAAGGAGCAGGGGAAGCAGGCGUCCUCGUCGACAGGGCGGAUCCACAGCGACGCCGUGAUCAAGAUCCUGAUGCAGAAGAUGAGGUCCCUGGAGCAGGGGCUGUUGACGCUGGAGGAUUACACCAAGGUGAUCAGCCAUAGGUAUGGCGCCAAGCUGCCGGACCUUCACAACGGGCUCUCCCAGACGACGAAGGCACUGGACAAGAUGAAGGCCGACGUCAAGGAUCUUGUCGAGUGGAAGAACAACGUGGCUAGGGAUCUGGGCGAACUCAAGGACUGGAAAUCAAGCGUCACGGGGAAGCUAGACGAUCUGAUUAGGGAGAACUCUGCAAUGAGGUCGGACGUGGAGGAGAUGAGGAGCAUCCAGGAGACGCUGCAGAACAAAGAGCUGGCUGUACUGUCCAUAAGCCUCUUCUUCGCGUGCCUGGCACUCUUCAAGCUGGCCUGCGACCGGGUGCUGCUGCUCUUCUCUAGCAAGGAGGACGCCGCGGAGGAGAGGGCUGGGAGAGGGUGGAUGCUCGUGCUGGCCGCCAGCGGCCUCACCACCCUCAUCGUGCUGCUCUACAACUGAACGGCCUUAAUCGGCCAGGGAUAAUAAUGACUAUUGGAGCCAGUGUUAUUGCCUCUACAACUGGAAAAGAAAAGCCUUAAAUUGGCUUGCAGCCUUCUGAUGUUAAAUUGUGCUGGUUAGGUUAUUAGGUCUGCUAAUUAUGUCGAGUAGACUGGCCUUUUGUAGCACUUGGGACUAGGUAGUGCAUUUGCUGAUAAAUUACCCGUGCUCAGCACAACGGUUUCAUCACCUAUUACUUGAGUGAUGUUCGUUAUUCUAGCAGAGCGAUUAUAGAUUAUGUUAUACUUCCAGUAUUCCAGAGUGAAACUUCUAAUGUAAAAUAAUACUCCCAGGACGCUAUGAAAGGUAAUAAGACAGAGCCAUACCCAUUCAACUUCCAUGGACAAUGCGAGAUGGGUUCAUCUGACAGCUGAGCGCACAUUAAACAAAUAAGUUUGCAGUGGUGGAAGAGCAAGUUACAGAACACCAAAAUGGACAACUGAGCGAGCAAAUUAUUAAGUCAUUGUCGCAAUGGCGUGCUCGUCUUGCUGGCAUUCAGCACUAGAAAACUUUUCAGAAACAAAA